AUGAUCAAGAAAGAACUGCGGCUCUCCAAUUUUCUGCUGGUGUUUACUUGGUUUUCGUUGUUACAAACGAGAAGUAAUGGUAAGUUAUGUAAAAAUAUUGCAAGACAAACAAGUCAGAUUAAAGUUGUUGGAAGUUAAGGGAGACUGUUUAACAAUAGAAUCUUAGGCCUGCUAGCUGGAAUGGUGACUUUAAUUGAAUGGUUUAGAUCAGCUUUAUGAUAAGCUCAAUUAUUAUAAACCCUGGUUUUGAGCACUAGUGCGCAUAUAAGCAGCAUCUUUUUGAAAUAAAGGCUUUUCUACUUUUCAGCGGCACUGGAGCCAUGUCCUGGUCAGUAUUGUGGAAGAAUUAUUGAUAAAAGUGGAAAUAUUGGAUACAACUGUGGGGUAAGACAUGAGAAAAUUUAAUAACAGGGACCAUUAAUUAUUUUCUUUUUGAAAUUGAGGGCUGUCUUAUAUGUUGGCAUAAUUAAGCAUAAUCAGGCGUACAUUUAGGUAAACAAACUAACUACACAACAGACAAGUGUCAUGAAUGACUUCGUAAAUGUUAAAAGCAAUGGAAGAGAGAAACCUCUGCUCACAGGUUAUGGCAUGAGAAGAAGCAUAUCCACAAAAAAACUGAUGUCACAUGUCACGUAACCACAUAGACAGUUAUGGGUCCUUGGAUAAUUUAUGUUAUUUCUACUAGUUAUGUUCUGUUUUCAGCCAGUAUGUUAAUUUUCAUUUUUGUUUUGUGGGUUUUGUUAAGCUACAUAUUUAAUUUUUUGCUUGUUCAUUAUGCAAAGCUCCAUUUACACCUUGUGUAUCAAUUUACUUCCUACUGCGAACACCUUUCACUUGUCCGAAUGCUGUCGCUGAAGAAUUAGUGAUUUGUUCUUUAAACGUGAGGGGACUGUCUAACACCAUGAAAAGGCGUGAAAUAUUUUGGUGGCUGAAAACUAAAAAAUACGUAAUAUUCUUUCUACAAAAAAAAAAGUUAUGAGUGGUUCAGGUGUCAUUGCAUCACGUAAGUUUGCAUACCAGAAUGUACUUGUAUGCAUGAUAAUUUUUUCAGGCUUGCCCAAGAGGUUAUCGUACCAAUGGCACAGUGUGCUUGGAGUGUACUGGAUCCCCUGACCUAUAUGACUGGCUGUACUUAGGAUUUAUGGCUUCAUUAUCUCUCAUAUUCCACGGGUUCUUUAUUGACUUUUUCUCAAAGAGAGACAAAAAAAGGUAAUAUUAAUGUGUCUGAACACAGUUUUGGGGGCAGUCAGCGGUAACUUGCGUGACGGCGAUUGUUUUAACUUAGACAAACAAACAUGGCUGCCAAAAAUCAAUGGUAAACAGAAGACGAGCUACUCACCAAGUUUCAGAUUGUGAGCUGCAACCCUUCUCUUGCCAUGAUUUGGCAAAUGACAUAUACUCACAAACUGCUAAAACUGUGUUCAGCCACAUUAAAUCAUUGUUUUCUUAUUAAUAUAAUAAAAUUUGUUUCUGUUCUGUACAUUAACAAAGGCAUGAUUUAAAAUAUAUUCUGCUCAACCUCCAGCUGAGUUUUCAAAAAGGGUUGGCUAACCAGGGCUUCUGAUAUUUCACAGAAAAAAAACAAAAUUUCGCGGGAUUUUCGGGGGCAAAUUCGCGGAAAAAUCGGCCGGUUUCGCGGGAAGAAAGUCAAAAUUCGCGGAAAAAUCGGCCGAUUUCUGGUAUUUUUGCAGGAAAAAAGUCAAAAUUCGUAGAAAAAUCGGCCGAUUUCGCGGGAUUUUCGCGGAAAAAUGUCAAAUUUUGAAGGAUUUUCAGAGGCAAAUUCUUAGAAAAAUCGGCCGAUUUCACGGGAAAUUUCGGGGGGAAACAAAAACAAAAACAGCCGAUUUCGCUGGAUUUUUGGGGGGAAAUUUCGCUAAAAUCGAUCAAUUUUGCGUCAAUAUGACCAGCGUUGUUUAACGUCAUUUGCUCUUUCAACAACAGUUUGGUCGAGAAAUGAGCGAAUGCUAAAGCUAUGAACAUUAUGGUUAGUGCCCAGUUUUUCGCAACGUUCAUCUAAAAACGCCUGGUAGUUUUGGGACAUUGUUUACUUGUUGCAGUGACAAAGUUUCAAGAUAAAUUUGGACGUUUGGGGUGAAUAAAACAGGUCUAAUAGCCAAGAUAAGUAUUAAAUAUGUUUUGCUGACAUGUAUUUGGAAAUAUUUUGGGCGGAUUUCGCGGUAUUUCGCAAAAAUACCUGAAUUUGGCGGGUCCGCGACUGCGCAAAAUAUCAGAAGCCCUGGCUAACUCCAAUGACUGGUUAAGGUUUUUCACUAUAGGAUGAAUCAAAAGAUAUUAACACAAUAUUCUUAUACAAGUAUAAUUUUCUAUUUUCUCUGGGGUGCAAGAAUUCUUGUGUCUCUAUGUGACAAAAGGUAUCAUCCAUCUGGAUAUCUGUGAUAGGUUCUUUUAUUGUUUUCUCCGAACAGUCAUUUUGUUGUAAUUUAAGCUAUGUUUUGAUGGUGCACUGUUGGUUUCCAUCAGGUGAUGGUGUUAAUUAACUGUCAGAGCUGGACUAUGAGUAUCACCAUGGUUACUUGUUAUUGGUCUUCCAUUACUCUGUUUGGUACUUUGACUUUGCUUGCGAAAACCAGUAUAGCAUUUGAAUAAAUUAUAAUAUUGUUGUGGUCUAUAUGUGAUACCAAGUUAGUUCUAAUGGUAAAAAAACAGUAGUAAUACUUAUUGUUUGCUCUAAUUUGACUUUGCAGAAUAUAUGUUCUAUAUCUGAGUGCUUUUAUAGAAAGUGCCUUGGCUGCCAUUUUUUCUCUUCUAGCAAGUGAACCUCAAGGUACAGUGUAAUUUCCUGGGUGUGAGAUACUAAAUACACUGUAAAUGGCAAGCAGUGCAAGGGUCAUGGAAUUUUUUAUAGUUUCAUGGUUUGGGGUAUCCUGAUCUCCCAAGUGAUAAGUCUUUUAAAACAAGUAAACAGUAACAAGUUUCCCAGAGUAUACUAAGGGAUGUUCACAAUGCCAUGCAGCUGCUAGCAAUGUCUGUGUUGUAGUUAAUUUUUUAUAUGAGGUAAUUUUUGGUUUUCUCUUUUUUGAACUUCAUUAGCAGGCAUUACCAUACCCAAAAACAAAAGAAAAACAACAAUUACCUGAGAUAAAAAAUUAACUACAACAUGUACUCAACAAACACCAAGGGAAAACACAAAAGAAUAGGCUUGAUAAUAACUUGGCCAUAACCCUUAUUAAAACAAAAGAAAAAAGAGGACAUUCUCAUUUGGAUUGAGCUUCAAGAAUUGAAUAUAAAAAGUAACAAAUGUCACUUCAUUAAUGUGAUUUAAGGAAUUUAAUUUAAUUACGUAUACCGAGAGGAUUGGGGAUGUGAUGCAGUUAAUAUUCUUGAAUUAUAACAUUUUUGUUUUAAUCUUUAGGCAGCCUGGGUUUAACAUCUUGCAAGUCUGAGCAGCUUGCUGACUGGUACACUAUAUUCUUUAAUCCCAAACCUGAUUAUGUUAACACUCUUCAUUGCACACAAGAGGCUGUUUAUCCAUUGUAAGUAUUCCUUUUACUUCACAAACAUACAGUCACACGUGACGUUAAGAAUAUAAAACCUACAUGUAGUGUAGAACGGUAAAAAUGCACUAUGUGCUAACAGGGUUCACGUUAGCCUUUGCCACAGACUAAACCUUACCUCUGGUUUAAGUCCGUCUGUGAGCCAGUGCUGAAAUCCUUGUUCUUGCUCCCAACCUGUUUACUAGGAUUUGAGUAUGUGCCAUGAUUAGCCUGGUUAAAAAGCCAUUGCUGAUUUGCGAAUCAGGUUAAAGGGAAAUUUGAAAUGCUUUUUGGCUAAUUCAUUGUGUUUGUGUGGUGAUCAGGAAAAGGAUUUUGGUCCUGCAUUACAGACUUUUCUAUCUGGGGUUAGACUUAGGUUAAAUCUUCUAUGUAGGUUAGCUUCACAUGUGCUUGAGCCUGUCCUGGGUUCUGUAAAUUAUGAAGCAGCUUGAAGACAGUUUCUUGUUUACAAGAACUAUGGGAUGGCAAGGUAGACACCUUGCCAUCUCCAAAACCCAGUCAGUCGUGAGUCACGGCAAAAACAACUUAAAGUCUUGCUUAUAGCCAAAUUCGUUGUAUCGCGCUGCGAGUUUUGAAAACUUCAAAGGAAUUUUGGGUUUUUUUGUUCCAUCAAUCAUCUUAGCGGACUUCUUAGGAAACACAUGUUUACUUGUGAUUAGUGCAUUUUGAUCCACUUUGUUUGUUUCUGUGUUUCAAGGUUUGUUGCUUGUGAUCGCCCUGUUUCGGGCAAUAGUCCACUAAAUUUCUUCGAAGAUUUUUCUGAUCUUUCUUAUUCUUGUCUCUUGCAAGAAUAAAGCAAUGUCUGCCUCCUGCCCUCGACAAAAAAACCACUCAUCAUCGCAAUUUCCUUCACUAUUCUUUAGCAGUCUAGAGUCAUUCUCAGUUUUGUUUUUGCAAGCCAAGCUGGACAAGUGCGUUGCAAUUGUGAUUUGCAUUAACUCACCCCCCACUCAAAUGAUUGACGGAACAGAAAAACCAGUUCGAAGUUUGCAAACGCACAGUGCGAUACAACGAAUUUGGCUAUAAGUUUCUAUGUGUGUUUCACUUUAGUUCUUGAUGUUAUCACCUCUUGAACUAUUAAUGUGGUUGUCUUGAAAAGCUUUUUGUUUAACUUGUGUACCUUGUGAUUGUAAUUUGUUCUUGGUAUUUCACAUUAGGUAUACCAUAGUACUCGUGUAUUAUGCACUAUCUGUUGGCCUCCUGUUUGUGUUCCGUCCAAUCAUCUCGCACCAGUUCUGUGAUGGCCAAGGUCGACCUUCCAUUUAUGCAGCUCUAUACUUCCUUCCAUCCUUAGCUGUGCUACAUGCCAUAUUCAGUGGACUAAUUUGUAAGUAUAAACUUAAGAAGUCUUGACUUUGUUAAAUUUGGUAUUUCAUAGACUUAUACAUCCCAAAACUCAACUAUAUUGGAAAAGAAUAUUAUUCUAUAUUGUAGAGUCUGAGUACUUAUUACUGAAUCAAGUAGACUAUAUUUUAUUGUCAUAAUGGUAAGGCUUGUUCUUAGAGGUGAGCAUUCCUAUACCAUGUAUGCAAGGUAUGAAGUUGGUGAAAGCCCCAACCUUUAGACCAUGUCCAGUUAGGCACAUGAAUGCUUGCUAUGCUGUUUAGUUUUUGUGCGAAGAGAUGUAGAAAGAAAAUUAAGUCACAUGGAAGUUUUUAGCCCUAAUUGUUUUCCAAGCAGACUGGGUCCAUAAUGGUUGUGCCAUGGUAAGAUGUCAUCAAUUCAUCACCAAUCACAUUUUCAUUAUUAUUUUUUCUAUGUCUACAUGUAGUUUCUGUCUUGUCUGUUUUCAGAUUAUUCUUAUCCUUAUGCAACAUUAGUUAUUUCUGUUUUGAGUACUGCUGCAGUUUUGGCCAAGAAUGAAAUUACAGUGAGUACUUUAAAAUUUCUUAACAAGUGACCUUAAACUAUGAUANUGGCAAGGCAGACACCUUGCCAUCUCCAAAACCCAGGAUUUCAUACUGGUGAGUCACGGGAAAAACAACUUAAAGUCUUGCUUAAGUUUCCAUGUGUGUUUCACUUUAGUUGUUGAUGUUAUCACCUCUUGAACUAUUAAUGUGGUUGUCUUGAAAAGCUUUUUGUUUAACUUCUGUACCUUGUGAUUGUAAUUAGUUCUUGGUAUUUCACAUUAGGUAUACCAUAGUACUCGUGUAUUAUGCACUAUCUGUUGGCCUCCUGUUUGUGUUCCGUCCAAUCAUCUCGCACCAGCUCUGUGAUGGCCAAGGACGACCUUCCAUUUAUGCAGCUCUAUAUUUCCUACCAUCCUUAGCUGUGCUACAUGCCAUAUUCAGUGGACUCAUUUGUAAGUAUAAACUUAAGAAGUCUUGACUUUGUUAAAUUUGGUAUUUCAUAGACUUGUACAUCCCAAAACUCAACUAUAUUGGAAAAGAAUAUUAUUCUACAUUGUAGAGUCUGAGUACUUAUUACUGAAUCAAGUAGACUAUAUUUUAUUGUCAUAAUGGUAAGGCUUGUUCUUAGAGGUGAGCAUUCCUAUACCAUGUAUGCAAGGUAUGAAGUUGGUGAAAGCCCCAACCUUUAGACCAUGUCCAGUUAGGCACAUGAAUGCUUGCUAUGCUGUUUAGUUUUUGUGCGAAGAGAUGUAGAAAGAAAAUUAAGUCACAUGGAAGUUUUUAGCCCUAAUUGUUUUCCAAGCAGACUGGGUCCAUAAUGGUUGUGCCAUGGUAAGAUGUCAUCAAUUCAUCACCAAUCACAUUUUCAUUAUUAUUUUUUCUAUGUCUACAUGUAGUUUCUGUCUUGUCUGUUUUCAGAUUAUUCUUAUCCUUAUGCAACAUUAGUUAUUUCUGUUUUGAGUACUGCUGCAGUUUUGGCCAAGAAUGAAAUUACAGUGAGUACUUUAAAAUUUCUUAACAAGUGACCUUAAACUAUGAUAAAAUGGCAAAAGAGGAACUGAGCUUUCUGUUAUUAGAUACAGUUCACUCUAGACUCUGGUGUUCAUAGAGGUGUUUAUUAAGAGAGAGGGUUGCAGUUUUUUAGUCAGUCAUUCAGGAAGGUGUUUCCUCCCCUCCCCUACUUAACUCUGGCUGUAUACCACAAGCUGUCGAGCUAAACGCGCAAGACACGCAAAUGACCACGCACGUGGCUGAAGGCGCGAGGCGUUGCAGUAAUGGUAGAUAAAUUAACUCUUAUCGACAGCUCCGCUAUUAACGUCGUCAGCUUCCUUUAUGCCCAAAGAAAAGACAAGAAAAUUACUUUGAAAAUGAUUUCUGGGAAGUGUAGACAUGUUUAGUACCCUUUUGCCUUUCUCAUUUUUGCAGCACGUGCGGCAGUUGGUCAGCAGUAAGCGUCACGUGAUCAUCAUAAUCAUUCAUUGGUUGGUUCAUGCCUAUGGAAUAUUGGCGGUGACGCUCGUACAAGAUCCUACUGUACACGGGCCAUUGUUCACGCUCGUUCUAGCUCCUGUCUUGUUUUAUCUGGGGACACACUCAUUUACCGACCCAAGCAAGUUCAAGACUACUUAAGGAGACCUUUGCUUAAAAUUUGCCAGCUUUCAGGUAGUCUUAAAUUCAGUUGAAAAAAGUGUUCAAAUAUCAAUAAGGGAACAGCAUAGAGGAGUUUUUAUUUGGGAAUUGAACGGGUGAAGGUAAGGAUGCCUACAUAGUUAUAGACAGUAAAAAAAGUAAGUUCUUUCCCUUCCAAAGGAAAGGCGGGCGGACUCAGAGGGGACGGGUAGACAGACGCAUACAAUUCACCUGCCUGUCUCGCCCAAGCCUCACUCGGCCGUUUUUGACAUCACUUCACACUUUUCGUUUGAAGAGGUCUCGCAUUCAUGACCAACUCCAAGAUAGGGCUGAAUUGCAGUUUAAAAUAGUUGUAAUUCAUCUUCACUGCGACAAUAGCCACUCAUUGCCCAGCUAUAGACAAGUUAUGGGGAAAACAUUUUUCCCAGGCAAUGAGCAGAAAAUACACAGGCAGACGGAUACACGUCGCCAUAGGGGAGAAGGGUGGGAAAAAAUUUGUGCCAGUAGUUCCCGCACGCAAAACUUGGCGAAAAGAGGGGAAAAAUCCGAAAACGUGACUUAAAAUGGGUAGACUACGGUCCCUCAAGGAGAAAAGGAAAGAGAUGAUGAGAAUGCCGCUUGCUGAGGAGGCCGCUUGGCCGAGUGGUUAGAGCGCUGGACCCGUAAUUCGGAGGAGCCGAGUUCAAGUCCCGCCCUGGUCGCUAACUGGAUUUGUUCUCGGCAGUCCCGAGUUCAAAUCCUCGGCUGCGCUUGUAAAAUAGACAACUGGUUCGCCUCCUACCAGUUGGGGAUUUUUACCAUGUUAUGUCCCAUUUAAAAUUAUUUGUUUCAUUAUCCCUGAAAAGCCCCAUAAGGGGAGAGGAUAACUAAAGUGAUACAACUCACUUUGACUCUGAAGAUGACUACCGCACAGGCUGUCGAAACGUCAGUCACGGUCAAAAACAACAGUCCUAUUCAGGACUACGUUCACCCAGACGAUCAAACUCAACGUACUUUUGAAAUGACUCCUGGGUUCAAACCUUUCACAGUUUUAAAGUAUUAUUAUCAUCAUCAUCACCAUCAUUAUCGAUAGCGAGGCGAAAUUUCGUGACUAUUCUCGCAGUGAAGCUAAACAAGCAAUUCUCUGCUUUUUGUGAAACGAAAAGACAUUGUUUCAGGACAGUAAUCCGCCUUCGUAUUGCGUUUUCCUUGGCUUGCUCCUUAAUGACUUGGUACUUAGAUUAUCUCAGCACAUUUUGAGAACGGAAAAUGCGAACAUGUUGAACGGGAGAACCGUUUAUGAUGCGUGACACUUGUAUUAAGAUAAGUAAAAGAAUAAUAUUGUAACAAAAUAUCAAAAAGUGUCAAGAACUUUAUGAUGUUCUUUCGAAAAAAGGCUUUUCGCUUGUAUAGCAAUCUUCAGUUUACAGAAAUCCAUAGAAACAGAAAUAUGUCGUGUAAUUAGUAGAAACCAAUACCAAUACAGAAAACGAGCUUGAUAAAAGAAUUUAGUAAAAACUAAUAUGGUUACACGUUUAUAAUAUUGUACCAUGAAUAAGUGCAUCUUCCAAACCCUGAGUAAGUGUUUGUUAAUGUUAAAUAGUAAAGCCUGAAUACUGGGGUUUGAAACAAUAAUAUUUAAGUUUAGGCGAAU